CCUAUCGGAAACUUGCUCGGAGCUAUCACCCUGACGUGAACAAAGAGCCUGGCGCUGAGCAAAAGUUUAAGGAUAUCAGCAAUGCUUAUGAGGUUUUGUCUGAUGAUGAGAAGCGAGCGAUCUAUGAUAAAUAUGGAGAAGCUGGUCUGAAGGGUUCUGGCAUGGGCACGGGAGAUUACUCAAACCCAUUUGAUCUCUUUGAGUCACUAUUCGAAGGAUUUGGUGGAAUGGGUGGAAUGGGCGGGGGCCGUGCUGCUCGUAACAGGCCAAUGCAGGGUGAUGACGAGAGCUACAAUCUGGUUCUCAACUUCAAGGAAGCAGUGUUUGGUGUAGAGAAAGAGAUUGAGAUAACUAGGCUGGAAGGCUGUAAUACUUGCGACGGAAGUGGCGCCAAGCCUGGCACAAAGCCAACCACGUGUAAAACUUGUGGUGGUCAGGGCCAGGUGGUCUCCUCCACAAGAACACCACUUGGAAUAUUCCAGCAGGUAUCCACAUGCAAUACUUGCGGUGGCACUGGUGAAUUCUCCACCCCUUGCAAAACCUGUGGGGGCGAUGGCCGUGUGCGCAAGACAAAGAGGAUCAGUCUGAAGGUUCCCGCAGGAGUGGAUUCUGGAAGCAGGUUGAGGGUCCGUUCUGAGGGUAAUGCUGGUCGGAGAGGAGGCCCGCCAGGAGACCUUUAUGUCUUUAUUGAUGUUCUCUCGGAUUCAGUUCUUAAGCGAGAUGGGACAAACAUUCUCUACACAUGCAAGGUUUCUUAUAUUGAUGCAAUUCUUGGGACAACUGUCAAGGUCCCCACUGUUGAUGGGGUGGUUGACCUGAAGAUCCCCUCGGGGACCCAGCCGGGUACAACUCUGGUGAUGUCCAAGAAAGGUGUUCCACUUCUUGGUAAAUCAAAUGCUCGCGGAGACCAGCUGGUGCGUGUCCAGGUUGAGAUUCCAAAGCGUCUAAGCAGCGAUGAGAGAAAGCUGAUCGAAGAGCUUGCAAACCUCAACAAGGCCGAGCCGGCAAACGGUAGGAGAUGAUAACUGAAUCAGGCUUGGUUGGUUUGGUGCUUGUGCGAUAGGCAAUUUUGAUGCAAAUUGCAGCGACAAAGCGACAGUUGGAGUUGUUACUGUAGGAACUCUGCUCAUUCUGCACGCAGUGUCAUGGAGGAAAACUGUUGAGAGAUAAAGCCAUGUCUGUAUCUUCAUUUUAAGCUUACAGAAAGGUAGGUCACCGCAAAUCACCAAAUGGAUGGUGAACUUUUUGCAAUAGCCUGUCGUAUGCUUUAGCCAAGCUUAUUAGCCUAUUUUUGAUGGUAUAUGAUUCUUGUAUCUUUGAAAGUAUUAGGGGCAUUAUUACUGCGCAAAGGUUUUCAAUAUUUGUUGCAGAAGUGCUGCAACAUUUUAUGAGCAUUUUGUAAGCUGUAACACGAACAUGUGGCAUUUUGGUGGCACUGCGGAUUCGGAUUCCAUUAAGUAGUCCUUUGCAGCUAUUGCAAUCUA